AUGGCUCCGAUGGGGAAAACCGCGGUGGACGCCUUAGCGUGGUCUUUAAACAUCUUCUCCUCCGUGGCCAUCGUCAUGGUGAACAAACAACUGAUGAGCUCGACCGGGUACGGGUUUCGAUUCGCGACGACGUUGUGCGGGUUGCACUUUUUUUGCACCGCUUUUAUAAACUUGUGCGUGAAACGAGAGAAGAGUUCGGCAUCGAGCUCUGGCGACGCUUCGGCUUCGCAAACCGGAUUGAGCGAAAAGUUGAUGGAAUCAGAACAACAACAACAACAACAACAAAAGCUUCCGCUCAAAGAUUUAGUCUUUUACGUCGUCGUCGCGAACAUGUCCAUCAUUGGUUUAAACGUCUCUUUGAUGUUGAAUACGAUUGGGUUUUACCAGGUGUGUAAACUCGCGCAGAUACCGACCAUGUGCAUAUUAGAGGCGUCGUUUUUGAACAAGAAAUUUUCCAGGAAGGUUGUGCAAGCAAUCAUCGUGGUUUUGGCAGGCGUGGCCGUCGCGACGGUCUCGGACGUUGAGAUGAACGUGACUGGAACGGUGGCAGCAAGCGUCGGGGUGUUGAGCACGUCCGCGCAGCAAAUAUUGGUCGGGCACUUGCAAAAGAAGCACAACGUGACGAGUAAUUUUUUAUUAGCCAAGACGAGUUUGUGGAUGGCGGCGUCGAUGUUGGUGUUUGGACCGAUCAUGGAUACUUUAGUCACCGGGGGGGAAAACGUGUUCGAAUACGAGUGGACCAGUGGGAGUUUGAUGUUUUUAGCCGUCUCGUGCGGGUUCGCGGUGUUGGUGAACAUCUCCCAAUAUUUGUGCAUCGGAAGAUUCUCGGCGGUGUCAUUCCAAGUGAUUGGACACGUGAAGACGGUUUUGGUCUUUUUGUUCGGGUUUAUUUGCUUUAACGCGCCAAUUACGAGUAAAAAUAUCGCCGGGUGUGCGUUAGCCGUGGUUGGGAUGAUUUAUUACACCCAGGCUAUGAACAAGCAAAAGGAGGACGAGGCGAAAGGUGUUGGGAUGAUUCAUAGCGGGAGUUCGAGCGCGAACUUGAGCGCCAAAGUAUAA